GUAUAAUCUAUUUGCCGCAAAAUAGUCAACAUUUAAAUAGUGAUGACUUUUAAAUCAUAACAACAUAUGAUUUAACUAUUGUUUUGUAAAUCAAAUCACUUUUAAACAUCACAUCUAAAGACAUCUAAAUUGAUUGACAAUCUCUUAUUUGGUGCCAAACAAUGUCUCAAACAUUGGUGGUCGACAACGGCGCCCACGCCAUCAAAGUUGGUUUCGCCACCGAUUCCUAUCCCAAAGUUAUACCAAAUUGUAUUACAAAAGUGAAGAGCGAAAGGCGGCGUCCAUUCAUUGGCGAUCAGAUGGAAGAAUGCAAAGACUAUUCUCAGAUGUUUUAUUUGAUACCAUUUCAAAAGGGAUAUCUAAUUAACUAUGAUUUAGAGCGACAAAUCUGGGACUAUAUCUUUAAAACCAAACUCAAAGUCGACUAUUCAGACACCACUCUCAUCAUAACAGAACCGACACUUAAUUUUAAACCAAUUCAAGAAAAUUUAACAGAAAUCUUGUAUGAAGAGUAUGGCUUUGCGAGUCUAUUGCGCACAAGUGGUCCACAUUUGGCCGCACAUAAGUAUUCAGAGACAAACAAGACUUCGUUGGCCACUCUUGUGGUUGACACUGGAUUCUCGUUUACACAUAUCGUUCCGUUUAUUAAAAACAAAAGAAUUACUGAAUCGAUUCGCAGGAUAGAUGUCGGCGGCAAAGCGCUCACAAAUCACUUGAAAGAUAUUAUAUCUUACAGACAGCUGAAUGUCUUGGAUGAGACAUAUGUAGUGAAUCAGAUGAAAGAGGACUGUUGUUAUGUAUCAAAUCAGUUUUGGAAGGAUUUAGAGAUAUCCAGGACAAGGAAGAACUCAAUAGUUCGCGAUUAUAUUUUGCCUGACUAUACCAUUAUUAAGAGAGGAUAUGUACGCAAUCCUGAAGACAAAUCACCCAUAACUGAUCAUCAAGUGAUUCGUAUGAAUAACGAACGCUUUCAAGUGCCAGAACUGCUCUUCUAUCCGAGCGAUGUGGACAUCGAUCAGAUCGGUAUAUCACAUACUAUUGGUCACUCAAUAGACAGUAUACGUGAAGAAGUGAGACCACAUUUAUAUGAGAAUAUACUUGUCAUAGGAGGAAAUGCUUGUUUUAAAGGUAUAAAAGAGCGAAUUUAUACGGAUAUCCGUUCAAUGGCUCCUCAUUUAUAUGAUGUUAACGUAUGUAUUCCCGAAAACCCAAUCACUUAUAUCUGGGAGAGCGGCAAAUGUUUGGCACAAAAUAGUGAUCUCAUGAGUAGACUUUGUAUUACUAAAAAAGAAUACGAAGAACAGGGACUUAAUUUUUGUAUUGAAAAGUUUGAUAUCUAA